AUGGGCGGCAACAAAACAAUCCGUCGAUGCGCGACGACGUCGUUCUCCCCGACCUCGACUUUAAUCGCCUGCGGAACCGUCGCCGGCGCGAUGGACGAUUCCUUCUCCACGACGGCAAGUUUAGAGGUGUUCUCGGUGGAUCAUUCGAACGCUUCUUCUUUUGAUUCUUCUUCUUCGAACACGAACGAAUGCGAAAUGGUCGGGACGGGCGUUUCGGUGACCGAACGGUUCCACAGAUUGUGCUGGGGCGAUCAAGUGAGCGAGCGGUUACCGGCGGGGAUUUUAGCCGGCGGUUUAGCGGACGGGACGGUGCAAUUGUACGAUCCGAACGCGAUGAUGAUGCAGAAGAAACAAAAGAAAAGAGAGGAGAACGAGGAGAACGGUGCAUCAUUUUUCGGCGCAAAUCACGAGGACUUACCCGCGGCGAAUUCAGUGUCCGGGUGCGUGUUGACGACGUUGCAAAACGCGCACGCUGGGGCGGUGAGAGGAUUAGACUUUAAUCCGUUUAGCUCAAACUUGUUAGCGAGCGGCGGGCGAGACGGGGAGUUGAGCAUUUGGGAUAUCAACGACCCGAUGAAACCGAGCAAAUAUCCAGCGUUGGUGAGUGGACCGAGUGGACCGCAUACCGGGGAAAUCGCGCAGAUUCAGUGGAAUACGAAAGUGUCGCACAUUUUGGCGAGUUGCGGGACGACGAGCGGGACGACCGUGGUCUGGGAUUUGAAGAGGCAAAGACCGGUGAUUUCGUUUGUAGAUCCGCAGUCAAAGAGAAGAUGUUCGGCGAUUAGUUGGAAUCCAGACGUGGCGACGCAGUUGAUUGUGGCGAGCGAUGACGAUAGGUCAUGUUCGUUACAAGUGUGGGAUUUGAGGAAUAGCGUCGCGCCGACGAACGAGUUUGUCGGGCACACGAAAGGGGUUUUGUCCUUGGCUUGGUCGCCGCACGAUGGGGAUUUGUUGUUGUCGAGUGGUAAAGAUAAUAGGACUUUGGUGUGGGACGCGAAGGAUGGCAGCGUUUUGGCGGAGUUUCCAGCGAGUUCCAAUUGGAACUUUGACGCGCAGUGGUCGAAGAAAACCGCCGGGGAGAUUUCCGCGGCAAGUUUUGAUGGGACCAUUAGCAUUCACAAUUUGAACGAUUGCGGUAAGCAAAGCGCACAUCAACACCAACAUCAACAAUACGGGCAAAAUGGAACGCAACAGCAGCAACACCAACAACAACCGAGAGAGCCGAUGCGUAAAGCGCCAAAGUGGAUGAAACGCCCGGCGGGCGCCUCGUUUGGUUUUGGCGGUAAACUCGUCUCGUUCGGGUCCGAUAAUCCAGGUGUGGUUAAAAUCACCACCGUGGACGUUUCGGACGAGCACGAGAGUAGAAGUGCGAGUGCUGGUGCGAGACAUGGCACUUCUCUCGCGGGCGUUUCGGACGGCGGUGGUGACGCCGCGGAAGAAAACGACAUCGACGCUGAAUUUCAAGCGGCUAUUAAAUCAAACGAUGAACAACAAUUGAAAGCGUUGUGUGACGCGCGUUCGCAAAGCAAAGACCCGUCGAUUUCUAGCGAAGAUAAAGAAACGUGGGCGUUCAUGUCGAUUUUGUUUUCCGACGACGCUCGACGACGUAUGUUGGAACAUUUGAAUUUUUCAGACGCGUUGAAGAACUUGGAACGCUCGAAACAAAUGCGCUUGACCGAAGCCGCUUUAGAAAAUGCAACUUUAAAUGAUGACACCGCAGGGACGUCGUCCUCGGGAUUAGACGAACAAUCGCAAAUGGUUGCGCCGCCACCUCCUGUUGAAGACGAAAACGCGUUCUUUGACGGAUUAGGGGAAGACGUGAAGAACCAAUCCGGUUUAGCGUCGCCGCGAAAGUCAACCAUACCUACGCCGCUCUCCCCGAAGCGAGAGACAAAACAAGAAAAAGUUGCACCCGUGUUGAAACGCGAACCGGCGGAUAGAGAGAUAGAGAGAUGCCUCAUCGUCGGCGAUUACGAUGGUGCAGUGGAAGCGUGCGAAAAAGCGGGUCGUUUCGCAGACGCGUUAGUUUUAGCCUCCUCCGCCGGUCCAGAACUUUGGCAAAGAGCACAAAAGCGUCACUUAGAGAGAUCACCGCGACGGUAUUUACAGUUUGCGGAGUCCAUUGCCUCUGCGAAUUUAGAAAAGCUUGUAGAAUCGGAACCGAUUACGAAUUGGAGAGAGACUUUGGCGAUAUUGUGCACGUAUUCGGACGCCAAGGCGUGGGAUGAUUUAAGUUUGAAACUCGCCGAGAAGUUACAAGCCGCAAACAUGCCGCACGAGGCGUCUUUGUGCAGAGUAUGUGCCGGUGAUGUGGAUAAUGCCGUGAAGCACUGGUCCAUGCGCGCUCGAGGGAGCGCGACGUCGUCCAAAUUUACGAGCAAGAAGGCGCAGUGGCAGUUGCUCGAGAAGGCCAUCGUGUUAUCGCGCGCGGCAAACUUGAGUCAAGCGACGCCUGGGUUUGCGCGACUUUUGUCUUCCAGAGCGGAAAGUCUCGCGAGUUCGGGCAAGUUAAAGUCAGCGUUGGCGCUUUUGGAUAUGGCGCCAGGCGCUGGAAUUAACGGUCGAGAAGACGCGGACAUUGCGUUGUUGCGGGAAAGAAUCGAUCGCGCGUCCUCGGAGUCGAAAGCGGCGAGUAGUACUAGCGCUGGAGGGUACCACCAGCAGCCUCGUUCGAACGGGUAUUCCCGUCAACCGCCACCGAUGCAACCGUCCUCCUACGGCGGCGGUGGUGGGGUACCGCCCAUGAACCCGAUGAUGAACACAUCCUUCGCCGCUCCCCCGCCGCCGCAGCAGCAACAACAGCCGUUUCAACCGCCACCGAGCUACUCUGCCGCACCGCCUCCUCCGCCAACGCAGUUUACGCCUCCACCAGCUCCGGCUCAAAUGUCUGCUCCGGCGAUGCCACCACCGCCGACGAAUCCGGACGCGAGCUUUUACGGCGCGCCUCCGCCCGUGCCGGCGUCUGCGCAUUUGCCGCCGCAAGGCUCGGCGAAUACGAGUUUUUACGCCCCGCCCUCCGUGCCGGGAGCACCUGGUGGUAGUACAAACUCAUACGAUCCGUACGGAGGAGGUGGUCGACGCGAAUCUGAGGUGCCGAAACCGCCGCCGGUGACGUCGUUCGCUCCGAGCGAGAUGGAAUACGACGACGCCCCGGUGCAGAGCGCCUAUUCUACCGGAGCGAGCGCGCCGCAGCACGGUGGUGGUGGUAUGAAUCAAAGCUUUCAGCAAAUGACGCCACCAGCGCCAGGUAUGGGGCAACAGUCCAUGAUGCCUCCCCGUCCUAUGCAUUAG